GAUUCCCAGAUGAAAAAUAUGAUGAUGAGCACGCCAAAGACACAAAAGAGCGCAAUGACAACUUUAUCAUUCCAUGGUCUCAUCACACCACCCCACUGCAGCGGAAGGAGCAAGCACGUGACCAUGCCUACAAAAAUGGCAGUGCCGAACCAAUUGGUUUCGUUUGGUGGGUGGGAAGGUACGAAGAAGAUGAGGGCGGCGAUAGAGAUGGCACCGAAAGGGAGGUUGAUAUAAAAACACCACCGCCAACUAGCCUUAUCGAAGCGACGCCCCAAGCGCUACCAAAUGAGCCGAAUAGGAGAGGGCGUUGCUCGAGCUUUGUAAUUUGUGCGAGGAUAGUCAGGAUAGAAACAAGGCCUCCAGAUGCACCAACACCUUGGAUGGCCCGACCGAAUAUGAGGACGGUCAUGGAGGGUGCCACGCCGCAGAUGAGUGACCCGAUUUCGAAGAGAAUGAUGCAGAUGAG